AAUUGUAGGGCUUUACCCCGAAGGGAGCCCUUCCAGAAAUUCUCGAUGGCCUAGGACAAGCCCAGGCCAAAGAGGGGGUUUGGAAAUAGUUUUCAACCAGCAAUAGACGCGCCUCGGUUAGAACCUCAUAAGCUGCGUCAUUGCCCCAAGCGCAAAGAUACUUAAUGCGCUUCUCCGAGCUUCAAUUAAAUAAUAGCCUAUGCCCUUCGGGUCUCUUCCAGUUGUCGAUGUGGGACGGCCAAUUCAGCACUUUGCUCUUUUCUCCUCUCUUUCUCCAGUUUUCUAAAGGAGUAACUUCCUCUACCAGUGGUAACUGGUAAAUACUUGGGUGUUUCCAUCGUUUGAAGGUUAGUAAUCAGUAUAUUUUUUGCUCGAAUCUCUUGAAUUUAUUUCUCAAAGGGUUUUGUACUUCCCCAUCGUCGUCUUCCUUAGUUCAUUACUUAGAGCUGCUGAAUUCCUGAAAGUCGUAGGUUGGACAAUGAGAUUGAGCAAGACUUGCGAUUGAUAUUAUCUUAUUAUGUUAAUUGAUUGGUACUGAGUACCAUUUACAUGAAGAUGAGAUUAUCCUUUUUUCCCCUUCAAAUUUAUUUAAAUGUUUUUCUGGAACUGCAAGCAUUUGGGAUUUGUUAUUUGUGGGUUUGUUGGGGUAAAUAAAUUAUGUGAUUCUCCUUUUUUCCUUAAUUUAUCCGUGGGUUCGAUGAUUUUGAAUUGCAAUAGUUUUCUGGCAUGUUUUUUCCAUUUGGUAUGAUCUUCGGUGAAAUUGAUUCGGUAAAGUUUGUUCAUUUGAGGGAAGAGAUGAUAUUUUUGAGCUGGGCUCCCCCAUCCCUUGAAGAUCAGAAAGCAUGCAUCAACAAGUCUGGAGAAUUUAAUUAUGAGACCAAAUUCAGAGGCCACUCCGCAGACCCUGCAUCCUCACUUAAGCAAGACAAGGAACUGUUGAAAUGUGGGUUCUCAGUUAAUCAUGCGCGUACUUUAGUUGGUUCUGGUCUUGAUACAUUUGAGAAGGGUAAAAAUGCUCUUCAGAAUUGGAGGCACUUUGGGCUUGAUUGGGCCUUUGUUGACUCCAAGACACCUGUGAAAAUGGGGACAAAGUUCUGCGUUUGCGUGAAGGAAUUUUUGCCCUGGGUAAUGAUGCCUCUCCAGGUGGUGUAUGUUGCUGAUAAGAGAGGUGCAAAAGGGGCUGUAGCUUCCUUUAGCUUCGGCAGUGGUACUCUUAAAGGACAUUUACUGGCAGGGGAAGAGCGUUUCUCAAUUUCUAUGGAUGAGAACAAGCAAGUCUGGUAUGAAAUUGUUUCCUUUUCUAAGCCAGACCAUUUCUUAUCUGUCAUUGGAUACCCUUAUGUCUUUCUGAGUCAAAAGUUGUUUGCUUACCAAUCUACUGAAGCGGUUAGAAAAUAUUUGGCUUCUAAAUAGUAUUGUUAAUCUUGAAUAGGCUUUUAAGUUUCCCUUGUAAACAAUAUAAGCUGGGUUUUUAUUUUUGGUUCAAAUGUUUUCAUUAUGACUGAACUCAAUCGUAGGCAUCAGUCUGCGUGUUCUUUUGUCACACACUUGUGUGGUUGUGUAAUCUUGGAGCAUCAAUUGAAGUUUGCCUAAAGAAACCUAAAAGUAAAGUCCGAUAGGAAGUGUGGCGUUGCUCACUUUCUAUUCGAUCUGGGAUCAUUUAGAUUUGCAUCCCUCAAUGCUUGAAGAAUGACCCUUAAACAUUGUUCCCCAGAUAUUAAUAUUUGGUAUAACAUCUUCAAGAUGGGACAGAUGUCCCCAAGGUGCAACGGCUUCUAUCAUCAGUAUAUAUCAUAUAUAGCGAAACUGAGAAUUUGAUUAAAUGCUCCAAAGCAGACUCCCCCUGAAUGGUUUACUCUGCCACUAAUGCUAUCAGCCAAAUCCAGGCUUAAUUCUCCCUUUGUUAUCAACAAUUUUUCUGAGGUAUCGGCAGCAAACAGCUUUCGCAGCCAACAAAUGCACGAUGAUUGCCAUUUUUCAUGUAUUUUAUACGCACUUGGUUGUGCAGCAGUGCCACUUUCAUUAGUCAAUGUUGCGCUCAUUUCAGCUCCAAUUGCAUAGUCAUUCUUCAAGCCUCCCAUAAUUUCAUGAGUGACAAGGUCACUGUUUCCCCCAAACAAUGAAAUGGAGCUGCCUUAAGAAACAGUGGAGCCUGCAAACAUAGAAGAAGCAUGCAGAUGAGCAAGAGCCACACACGUACAGUAUACAAAUUGUAGUGAAAUAACACCGACAGGAUCAAACAAGAUUAUUGAUAAUCCCAACUUCUGGAAACUGAUCGAGAUUGAUUUUUUUUUGUUCCAACAUACUGAAUCAAUUAAACAUUUUUCAGUCAAUUCUUUGUGAUGACUGGUUGGAACUUGGAAGAGGGUAAAGGGAAAAGGGGGAAUUAGUGUGUAAGUAUAUCAGUUGAGAUAGGUUUCCAUUUUGCAUUAAGCUCCUUUGUGGGCUGUGGCCCAAGCACGUCAAAGUAGGUGUUCCAGUUUUAGUGAAAGUUCUCUCUUCUUAGUUGAGUGAAUUACCUACCAAACAAAUGGUUGGUCGGCGAAGUUAAUAUUGACAGAGAAAUUUUGAGGGUUGUUACACAAGAUUUGAGACUCUGUGGAAGGUUGAAAAUCAUGAACAGUCGAACAUCAGUUUCUUGGGGGUCAGUGGCAUUCACCUUGAGAUUGUUUGAUGCGGCGCUCAUCUUUGUGUAAGCAUCUAUUUUAGCUAUGCUCGUCACCAUUUGUGACUAGUCAUAACAUUACAGUCUAUUGAGCUUACAGUGAAUUCAAAUAAUGGGUCAUUGAAUAUUUUACAUCAAGCAUUUCAAAUUGACAAACAUGAUAAUUACAAGUUUCAUGGAUCAUGAACCAGAUGUACACUGAAACCUCCUCCCAAACUUCUCUACAUAGUAAAAACAAAUUGAAGAUAGAAUGGGGAAAAAAUUGAGGGGGUGGAAAUCUUUAGAUCUCCUUUCCCAAAUGGGGAAAAAGAAAGAAUGAAAGUAAUCACAGAAAAGAGAAAAGAUUGAAAGAAGAGGAAGGGCAUUUGAGCCUAACACAAUGGAAAGAAAAAUAACCGAUUAGUACUUCUAUAUAGAAGAGACUACACCAAGGAAUGGUCUGUAUAGUCUGCAUGGCUUUCCCUACUGAGGCAUUGCUGACUCCAUCCUGAAUUGUACUGUGAAGUUGUAAUGGAACCUGUGUCUGUGAAGCUAGAUUCUAUAUCUAAUGGCAACAUUGCAGGCCAUACAAAUGCUGGCUUGAAAGGUGGCACCUGUGGCGGUGGAACCGCUCCCGUUAUAAUUUGUAAAACAGCUUGUGUUUUGGGUCUUUCACUUGCUAUAGGAUGUGAACAAGCCAGCGCUAAUAGCAAAAGUCUCUCGGCUUCUUCAGCAAUGUAGUCUUCCCCUAACCUCAUGUCAACGGCUUGAAGUAGGAGGCCAUCGCGAUGCAAGAACCAAACCCAGUCUACUAAAGUAUUGAAGUUACCAACCUUGGUUCCGGGUCGCUGUCCACAAACAACUUCCAGCAAGACUGCACCAAAUGCAUACACAUCAGAUUGUUGUGUUGCUUUCCCAGUGUGGAAACACUCCGGUGCAAUGUAUCCAAAUGUGCCGGGCACGCCCUCAGCUUCAGCAUAUGAUGUCUUCUCCUUUUCUAGGACCCUGGCCAGGCCAAAGUCACCUAGUCGAGCAUUGAAGUUGUCAUCAAGCAUGAUGUUACUGGCCUUAAGAUCACGGUGCACCACUCUUUCAUCAUAUUCAUUAUGAAGAUAAUGUAAAGCUGAGGCCACGUCUGAAACGAUCUUAUAUCGGAGAUUCCAGUUCAAUGGAGGUUUGUCACUCCCUACAAAGAGGUGGUGGUCCAAGCUGCCCUUAGGCAUGUACUCAUACACCAGUAAUAGCUUCCCAUUUUUAUGACACCAUCCUGUAAUCCAAAAGAGACUUUGUUAAGGUCUUUCAGCGUGCCACUCAAUUCUUGUUGAAAUUUGGAUCUAAAUGGAUAUUGAAUCAAUGACUUGGGUAAGAAAAUUGGUUUUCUUCUAGCAUUCUUUGUGAUGGAAAAUGUUAAUGCUAAUGACUAUUUCUUACAUCACCAAAGUAAACAACUGGCAAUUUGUCCUUAAUAUCUGCUAAAGUCGUUAUCUCCUUUUAUGAUAAGGUUCCAUUCAAGUCACAUCAAAUAGCAAUUGAUUAUACAAGUAAAAGAUAGCCGGCUACAAUAGCACAUAAACACAAUCAAUAAUUCGAUUCAAAGAAAGCGAAAGCGUAACCAAGCUUAGUGCCCAAGCAAAUCAUUUUUAACGACCUAAUGACCGAGGAGUAUUUUAGACUAUUUUCCAAACACCCAAAAAAAACUUAUGAUGAGCUGACCAGAGAUAUAAGGAUGGAGUUUUUGAGGAAGUUUCUUCCCCUUUAUCAUGAUGUAAUAUAGCAGAUAAGAUGCUGAGGUAAGGCCUGUUUACUAUUCCUUUUGACCGAAGAUUUUUGGUACCAAAAGUUGAAGAAAGCUCAAUAAAACACGCUGACAAGAAGCUUUGGUGUUUGCGGACCAAGCCAGCAUGUGAUUGUGAUAGGUUUUGGCUAACAAUGAGAUAUUCUGAGGCGACGUGCUAAUUUUCACUAGGAAGAAUUGUAUGAAAUGACCGGUUCUCAGCUUCUUAAGCAAAAAACAAACUUCUAAAAGUAGGGAAGGAUAUGAAAUUUGAUAGGCUUGAAACAAUCAUCUAAACUCUUAAGUAAGAACAAAUGGAAACAAUCAGGUAAAAGGCCACUGUAGGGUUAAUAAUGGUCAUGAUGGAAGUAUCACUAUAUUCUUCUCUGAUGAUGAGACAAAGAGAGCUAGUAAAUAGAGAUGCAAAAAACCAUCAAGUAGUAGAUUAAAAAGGUCAGAGAAAAUAGAAACAUACCAAGCAAUUUAACAAGAUGCUUAUGGCGAAGACGAUUAAUAAUAGUAAGCUCAGCGAGAAAAUCAUCUUCUCCCUUGAUGCUCUCCCUCAAAAAACACUUGACAGCAAUCUCCAAAUUGUCCUUUGGCAAGAACCCUCUAUGCACAACUCCAUAACCCCCUUGUCCAAGCUUGUGUUUUUCAUCGAAAUUGCUGGUAGCCCUCUUCAAUUCCUUGUAUUCAAACUCCCUUGGACUUCCAGGCAAGCUCUUGAGUGCACCAAGAAUGUUUGAACUGGACCUUCCCAUAUUCUUCCUCCGGACAUAAUAUACCAAUCCCGCAGCUCCUAACAAGAUCAACACAAGAGCUGGCACUACAACUGCAAGAACGAUGGUCAAGACGUGACCUUUUUCAUCUGGGAAAUGCUCAACAGUCAAAUUCCAGCGCAGAACACAAUUGAGCUCUGCAGUAUUCCCAGUUGAACCAGAGAACCCAAAAUAUGAAUACUGAUUCAGGACAUCCCUCAGGUUAAGAGGGUAUGUGAUUAUGGGCAAAUCAGGCUUAGGAGGCGUAGGACCGUUCUGACUUUGUUGUCGUGCAAUGUAAACAUCAAUGACCUUGUUAAUCCCAUCAUAAUCCACCCAAACAUUGUGAAAUCUCACUUCAUCUAAGGGAGCAAGUGUGAUGUUAUGAAGUGCUAAAGAUUCCACCUUUUUAGAGUUGACCCCAUUGAUAUCAAGGCCUAUAUGAUUGUUAUCUGGAUCAAAUGGUUGCUUGAAUGUAUCAAGCUCAAUAGCAACAAUUUUGUUGCUGCUUUGCCCAUCAGUUGUAGCAUUUGUUAGGCCAAGAUACUGACCAUAACUGGAAGGCGGGGUUGAAUUUAGGGAUGGAGCAAUCAAGAAAGUAAGGCCUUCCCCUGUUGCGUUAUCAACUGGAGAAAUAUUGAUAAGAAAGGAUGUAUUGAAAGAGGCCACCCUCCUGGUGUCAUUUGCUGGGAUCUUCUCAUCUCCAUCCCCAUCCCAGAGUUUAAAACGCUGUCUCAGAAGCAUUCUACCUGAUUUGUUUGUUUUAAUGAACCCUUGUUGAAGACUAUCUGGGGUGAGUUGAAGGGCUUGAUUGUUGAUUCCGGCAUCUCUUUCCUUCAGGAGGGCUCCGUUGGUAACAUCCAUGUCACUUGAAUCGAAGGAGCCAUACCGUUUAUUGAAUGUUUUGAGUUUUUGAGCAGCAGAAAUGGCAAAGAGACUGCACAGUAAGAAAAAGAUUAACUCUUUGCUGAUUCUUGCUGACAGAAAUCCCAUCUGACAGCUAGCUCGCUGGGAUUGUGACAAAUUGCCCAGUGGGAGGGGGAGGGAGAAAAACGGAAAUGGAGAUGGUGGAUUUUUGCUGGCUAUGGUGGUGGUUUAAGGAAAAUGUGGAAAGAAGGAAUCAAUGUCUGAUUUUGUUUUUGAGGUACGAAAAGCAGGGUGGGGGGUGGUGGUGUGUUAUUGGGUACCAAACUUUUUCGAUGUAGAUGAAUAAAGAAAUGAUUGAAGGAAUAAAGAAAUGGUUGAAAGGACUGGAAAUUCAGGAAUGAAAGAGCCUUUGAACUUUGAAGGUUCAAGUUUUUACCAGUAACUUGGUCGAAUGGUCUGCCGUCUGCGUUUGGCUGCAUUACUCGGAACUUGCUUCUUCUUCUUUUUUUCUUUUCCCCUUUUUUUUUUAAUAUCUUCCCCUCUCUCUUAUUCGAUUUGGCAUGGAUAUAAUAAAGUAAGAUUUUUUUUAAUAUAUGUAUUCAAAAUCCUUACUUUUUGUAUAUUUACAGGGUAUUCACCGUCGGCUACAAUGACUCAUCUGAGUUGCAUAGAGUACGUUUCUUUUUAUAAAAUGGAACAAUUUUGAACUAUAAUAAAUAAACUGAGUUAAUUUGAUCUAAUACAGUGACUCGUUAGAACAAGUGCCUGUGUUUUAUAGAUAAUUACAUUAUUAGUAGUGUAUAUUGUAAGUAUAUUUCCAAGGGAGUAGCG